AUGGCCAGCAAGACCUUUCAAGACCUGAAGCAGCAGGUGGAGGCGGUGACCCAGGAAGCGGUGACAGCAACCGGAACAGCAGCACAACAAGUGGUGGAUCAAGCCACAGAGGCGGGGCAGAAAGCCAUGGACCAAGUGACCAAGUCUACCCAGGAAACCAUCGACAAGACUGCUAACCAGGCUUCAGAGACCUUCUCGGGUUUGGGAAAAAAAUUUGGGAUCUUGAAAUGA